AACAUGGCGGGGCAUGAGUGUCGCUUGUUGUUUGUUUAUAUUUGAAUGGAACUUUGGAAAGUCGGCGUAAACUUAUCUUUACAUAGAGCAUUGCUGGGUCAUCAUGUCGCUCAACAAGUUUAUGCAUCCCAGAAAUAUCUACAAAAAUCCUCCAAAUUUUAAAGAGCUGGCGAUAUUAUAUCCAGAUUUUCGGAAACAUGCGAAGCAGGAUGUCGCAGGAAAAGUUUCAAUUAACUUCCAAGACCAGGAAGCUCUUCGUGCACUUACGACGGCGUUGUUAAAGAAAGAUUUUGGGCUGGAAGUGAAGAUUCCAAGUGGUCGCCUUGUGCCAACAUUACCACUACGCCUUAACUAUUUGCUAUGGAUUGAAGAUUUGUUAGCACUCUGUGAUGGAAAUCAAGAAAAAUCAGUUUGUGGCAUAGACAUAGGCACUGGAGCAUCAUGUAUUUAUCCCCUGUUAGCUGCAAAAAAGAAUGGUUGGCAUAUGAUUGCAUCAGAGACGGAUCACGAGAGUGCAAAUGCAGCCAAAAUUAAUGUGGAAAACAACCAUCUUCAGGAACUGAUAAAAGUACAGCUGGUUGGCCAAGAUAAAAUACUCACACCGCUUGUGGAAAAGGAAGAAAAAUAUGAUUUCUGUAUGUGCAACCCUCCAUUCUUCAAGAAUGAAGAACAACUUGAUCAGAAGAAAAAGUCACGAACUGCUGAGCGCCCACCUCCACGUAAUGCCUGGACAGGAUCUAUUGAUGAGGUGGUUACUCCUGGUGGUGAAAUAGGUCUCAUUAGUAAGAUUGUGGAGGAGAGUCUACAGCUCAGGAACAGCAUCAGGAUAUACACCACCAUGGUUGGAGUUAAAUCUGAUCUUCAACCUUUGAAAGAAGAAUUGCUUAGACAUGGUAUAACAAAUGCAGCUACCACUGAAUUUUGCCAAGGGCGUACAACCCGCUGGGGUUUAGCUUGGAGCUUUAAUGAUCAACCAAAUCUCAUGGAGGCAUGUGGGAAACACAGCCAUAAGAAGAUAAAGCCCAUGUCCUAUGUUGUGCCAUGCACAAAUAAACCUGAUGGCUACACUGUAGAUUGUAUUUGUGAGAAAGUAAAGGAGCUACUUGGUGGACUACAGAGAAACCAGACAGCAAUUGGACGUGAAAGGGAGGCAGCAGCUGAGAAGGGAAUGAGAUGGGAUCGCAGCUUAUCCCACAUGUUAUUCUGUCUAUAUGUUGAGGUAGCUGUAAAAGAAGUGAAAAAUAAAUAUGGGAAAUUUGAUUUGCAGCAACAUUAUAUGUCGUACCACACAAAAGACUACGGAAGUGCAAAAUGUGAUGGACCAGAUCGUGCACAGGAAGUUAUUAAACUUAAAAGGAAGCUAUCCAAAGAAGAUCUGGACGACGAAGAAAAAUCAACUGAGGCAGCUCUCAGAGUAAAAUGCAAAGAACUCAAGCAUUCAUUACAUGCAAGGGUUAUGACAGUAUCUGCAGCACAGAAUACAUGGACACACCAGAGAAGGCAGCGGAGGAAAAUGCAGAAGAACCUGAAGAUGGAUCCUGAUGGUACAGAAAGAGAAAGUGAUGAAAUUGUGUCACCUGAAGCUGAAACUUCUUCAGAAAUGCCAUUGCAUGAUACAAAAUCAACAUCUGAGUCUAACAUUGGUGGCACUAUGAAACUGUCAGAUGAAACAAAAGAGGUAUCCCUAGGCAGAGUGGGCAGUUAUGUGCAGUCGGAGGCAAAGAUGCAGUUUCAGUCUAAGAAAAGAGAAGUGGAAGAGCACAGCGCAGACCUAGAACCAUCUGCUAAGAAAAUCAAAACUGAGAAACUGUUGGACGAUGCGAUGGAGAAAGAUAAAAAUGCAGUAACACAGAGUGACAAAAAUGCUGAUACAUCAAAAGUUUCACCUGUUUUAAAUGCUACACUAAUUGUGAGAAAAGAAACAGAUAAAAUUCUGAUUGAAAUGACCUAUAUUGAUGGGAGUAGUGGGAAAGAUGGUGUACAUCAAGUAUUACAGUACAUCAGAAACAACUUGAAGUAAUUCGUAUCCUCAUCAUUCAUGGUGCAAUGUCCCAUCAUCUUUUUAAUUAAAUUGUUUCCAUGAAUAACAUUGUGUUAUUUAAACAUGUGGAACAGCUAUUCUGAAACUUUACAUUGCUAAUGCCAGACAAGCAAUUGUAUAUAUAUGGACUGUUGUUACCAUAUAAUAAAACUAAAAAUAUUAUCAGAGCAAUCGUAAUUACUCAUUGUUUCUUUUCAUGGACAUCAGGGUUGCCACAGCUCUGGAAAUCAGGGAAUUUUAAACUUGUUAGGCAAAUCAGGGAAAUUUGAAUUAAAAAAAAACACUGGAAAAAUCUUGUUUUUUGACUCAGUAGAUGAAAUCGUUUGUUCACCAAGAUGUCACUCAUUAUUACUAGCUGGGUGCAGCUGAGUACAUGCACCACUUCCCUACUCCCUCGUUCUUACUGCUCCUCUUUCUAACACUCCCCUCCGCUUGCAGUCAGUGCUGCCAACACUUCUUACUGCUAGCCCAGCAGCUGCAGACAAGAGGCAGGGAGGCGUGAAGAGUGGUUUGUUUGGAUCUGAUUCUCAGAGACUGUUAUCGAAGCAGCUGGAGACAGCAGUCAUGCAUGCAUGAGAUGUGUCUGAGUGAUAGUGUAAAUGUUUGUGCUCUCGUUUUCUGACAAAGGCUAUGGCCAAAAAUGUAAUUGUGAGUGUGUGAUUGUCUUUUCUGUAUGCCUGUUACAGCUCAGUGAUCAUAUUUAUGGUGAGAUGCUACCUAUCCUCAUUAGUAUUGAUUCUCAGAGUAUUCGCACAAGUUAUCUGUUGCAUCAGUCGAUCAUCACGGUCUCAUUUCACAAACAUGGUAUCUGAGACACAAGAAUAGCUGGCAGCACAAGUUGACUUCCAUGAUGGGCCAAAAUGGCAGGGCAUUU